AUGGUUCAACAACGGGACUUGGCUCUCUUCUUAGGAGUAUGCUUACUAACUUUUGGGUCCGCAUUAAGCUUCAGCAGCUCCAUACCCAAAAACCUGGAGGAGAAGAUUGAAAAGCUGAAAGAAAAUGACCAGAAAUUCCUGAUGAACAUCAUUUUGGAUGUCUAUGAGAGGAUUUUUGGUAACAUGCAGAGCCAAAGCCUGAAUGAGAAUGGUGACCUGGAAUAUGUUAAAAGAAAAGUAACUGAACUCCAAAAGGCCUACUUUAAAGACAAGGUGGAAGACCUAAGGACAUAUGUUGAAGAGCUGCUGGCAAUCAAGGUGGAUGACAUUGCGGUCCAACGCAAGGCUCUGUUUGAGCUGAAAUCAAUCUACAGGAAUGCCUCAGAGCUGGGAAAAAAUCAUCCAACGAGGCCCAACCAAGGAAAGUCACGUCGGAGAAGAGGGACCAAAAGACAGCGUCUUUAG